UCCAUAUUUCUUUAUGGUAUCAGAGCCAACUCCGGCUAUAUUCAUCAUUGUUUUUUUUCCGGCAAUACUUAACUCUGUUACUUCCUCCGAUAAAAACUACAUCUCUAGCAAUACAUCAGGUUCAGACAUGUCAAAAUUUGGAAUUGCUUUGAAUGUCAAUUCUGAAGGUUCAUCCUCUGGGGGAAGUACCAUCGAUCCAUCUCAAAGUUCUCAAAUAAUCACAAACCACAGGUUAAAUGGGCAUAAUUAUUUGCCCUGGUCACAAUCUGUUAUGCUUUACAUUAAAGGGAAAGGUAAAGCUGAUUUUAUCACAGGAGAUGUGGAGAUUCCAGAGAAGAAAGACAAGGGGUACAAGAUUUGGGAGGCUGAUAACAGCAAGGUGAUGUCUUGGCUCAUAAAUUCCAUGACACCAGAGGUUGGAGAAAAUUUCCUAUUGUAUGAAACGGCCUACGAAGUUUGGGAAGCUGUGAAGGAAACCUACUCAAAUAAGGAUAAUAUUUCGGAGAGGUUUAGAAUUGAAGGAGUUUUACAUGAAGUGAAGCAAGGUGAUCUAACGGUGAUAGGGUAUUUCAAUAAAUUGUCACACCUUUGGCAACAAGUAGACAUGUUCAACAAGUUAAACUGGAAGUGUAAUGAUGAUGGAGCUGUUUUCAAAUUAUACCUGGAAGAGAUGAGGAUUUUUAAAUUUCUUAUCAGCUUGAAUGAUAACCUGGAUGAGGUUCGUGGCAGAAUAUUGAGUGUUAAACCAUUGCCCUCCAUUCGAGAGGUGGUUUCUGAUGUGCGCAGAGAAGAAAGUCGAAAGAAGGUAAUGCUCAGGUCUGAGUCAAUGCCAACCAGUGGAGACGCAUCAGCACUUGCAGCCAGAGGUAAUUCAAACAAUCCUGUUGAUGGUAAAACCAGAAAAGGCCGACCAUGGUGCGAUCAUUGCCGUCGUCCAGGCCAUUACAAGGAAACCUGCUGGGAAAUUCAUGGAAGGCCAGCAGAUUGGAAGCCACGUAGUCAGACCAAGAAGGGAUAUUUUGCAUGUGGAAAUAAUACUGGUGACAGUGACGGAAAUCUAUUCAGCAAGGAACAAAUUGAGCAGUUGCAAAAAUUAUUUGGUCACUCUUUAUCAACACCUGUUGGGACUGGUUCUAUGGUACAGUCAGGUACAUUUUCCAGUGCCUUGAGUGUUAAAAAUGAAAAACCAGGUUCUUGGAUUAUAGAUUCGGGGGCAACUGACCAUAUGACAGGAGAUCCUAACGUGUUCAAUACAUUUGAGCCAUGCAAAGGACUUGAUCUCGAAGAGGAUGAUUGGACCUGCUGAAUUACGAUCUGGUUUAUACAUUCUAAAAGCGGAAUCUGCCUUCCAUUCACAAUGUCAUUCCACCAAGCAAGUAGUUACUCAAAGUCACUCUAGGACUAGUUCAAAUAAAGAAAGUACUGUGAUGUUAUGGCAUUACAGGUUAGGCCACCCAAACUUCUUGUACUUAGAGAAACUUUUUCCUGAUUUAUUUGUUAAUAAAAGUCCUAGUGAAUUUUCUUG